CUAAGAUCACGACUAGUAUAAAAGCAGCAAGUCACUCUUGUGUUUUAUGCACCAAACUCAUAAGUCACUAACAUGGCUUCCUCAAACUUUUUAGUGCUGCUUCUUUUUGCUCUCUUUGCUAUCCCUCGGGGUCUUGCCAAUUAUGACAAGCCUCCGGUUUACCAACCACCGGUCUACAAGCCCCCUGUUGAGAAGCCACCUGUGUAUAAGCCACCGGUAGAAAAACCUCCAGUUUACAAACCACCGGUAGAGAAACCACCAGUGUACAAGCCACCAGUUGAGAAGCCCCCCGUCUACAAACCUCCUGUAGAGAAGCCUCCUGUUUACAAGCCACCAGUAGAGAAACCACCAGUGUACAAGCCACCAGUUGAAAAGCCUCCGGUCUACAAACCACCUGUAGAGAAGCCACCUGUUUACAAGCCACCUGUAGAGAAACCACCAGUGUACAAGCCACCAGUUGAGAAGCCUCCGGUCUACAAACCACCUGUAGAGAAGCCACCUGUUUAUAAGCCACCUGUAGAGAAACCACCAGUGUACAAGCCACCAGUUGAGAAGCCCCCGGUCUACAAACCCCCUGUAGAGAAGCCACCUGUUUACAAGCCACCAGUAGAGAAACCACCAGUGUACAAGCCACCAGUUGAGAAGCCCCCGGUCUACAAACCCCCUGUAGAGAAGCCUCCUGUCUACAAGCCACCAGUAGAGAAACCGCCAGUGUACAAGCCACCAGUUGAGAAACCCCCGGUCUACAAACCCCCUGUUGAGAAGCCUCCUAUCUACAAGCCACCAGUAGAGAAACCACCAGUGUACAAGCCACCUGUUGAGAAGCCUCCAGUUUAUAAGCCACCAGUUGAGAAGCCACCUGUGUACAAGCCCCCAGUCGAGAAACCCCCGGUCUACAAACCUCCUGUAGAGAAGCCUCCAGUUUACAAGCCACCGGUGUACAAACCUCCAGUUUACAAGCCACCAGUAGAGAAGCCACCUGUGUACAAGCCUCCGGUCUACAAACCCCCAGUUGAGAAACCUCCAGUUUACAAGCCACCGGUUUACAAGCCUCCAGUCGAGAAGCCACCAGUUUACGGACCACCUCACCACCCAUAGUACCCUCCCGUAGUUGGCACUACUCGUUUUUAAAGCAUGCUUUUAAGUAAAUAAGAGAUAUAUAAACUUUCCAAAGCAAGGAUCAUAUAUUCUUGGAAAUCUUCAAUUCAAUCUUAUGUUUACAAAUGCUAUUGCCAAGACAAGAGUGUGAAAGAAAAUGGUGCCAUUUGUACUUCAAAUUAUGAAUAAGAACGUUAUGAUUUAGUACUUCUUAUUUUGUGUUUGUUGACUAAA